GAUGGACACAUUUUCAUUGCAAGUGUGCGGACGGGAAGAUCUUUGCUCACGCACUGCGCUCGCACGUGCAGACCUCUGCGUGAUGGCCCGACUGCUGGGCUACGUGGACCCCUCGGAGCCCUGCUUUGUGGCCGCCGUCCUCGCCAUCGUUUUCAACCCGCUCUUCUGGAACGUGGUGGCGAGAUGGGAACAGCGAACCCGGAAGCUGAGCAGAGCCCUGGGCUCCCCCUACGUGGCCUGCUACGUGCUGGGCGGGGUCAUCCUGGCCCUGAACGCCCUGCGCUCGCACUGGUAAGCCCCGCGGGGGGUGCGGGGGCCGCCGCCGGGAGGCGCUGCUCUCUCAGGCCUCGCGCCCAGCAGCCACCCCCCCAUCGGGCCACUGGACUCCUGUCCGCUGGGGGGUCCUUGGGACCUGCCCGGGACUCAGGCUCGCACCCCGGCCUCUGUGCGCACAGAGCCCUGUAGGAACCGGAGGUGUUACCUCCUGGCGUCGAAGAGGCCGGGGCGGGUGAACUUGUUCUACACGAUGAGGCGCCGCCGGGAGGUGGGAGUGGACACUCUGCCCAGCUGCACGGCGGGCGCCUGGGGUGGGCGGGCCGUGGAGGCCAGCGUGGGAGCAAGUGGUCAGAUGUGGCCGCGGCCAGCCGGCCUGUCCGUGAGCCUGGUUCUCACCUCCUGUGGCGUGAACGUGGUCCGGGCAGCGCUCGAAGAAGUGAGAACUGGCACCUGAGAGCCCCAGCCCCCACCUGGGGCCAGACUGUGCUGGGCCGGCCAGCCCUGCGGGCACGGAGGGCCGGGCAUCGAGCAGCGCGCCCAUGGGAGUGGCAGAGGGUAGCGCGAGGUGGUCGGGGCGGUCAUGUCACAGGACACGCGUGUAUCAGAGCAUCACGUGGUGCGCCUACCCUCAGUCGCAGGGCAGUGACAGCUCAGCAAAGCUGGGGAAAAUAAACUGAGAGCACUUUGAAAAGUAUUAAAAAUAGAACUUGCUAAAAAAAAA